ACGUGCUUUAUCUCCUCCACUUAUAUAACCCACUCCCCUUCUAUAUCCUCAUCCGAACAUUCCGAAAUCUCAACGGCAAAAAAAAUCAAUGGCGCUUGUACGUGAACGGCGACAGAUCAAUCUCCGCCUCCCUCUGCCGGAACCCUCCCAACGCCGCCCUCGUUUCCCCUUGCCUCUCCCGCCUUCUUCUAACACGGCCGGCGCUGCUCCUUCUUCUUCAACAACCACAACUUCCUCCGCCGCGUUCUCCAUGUCGGACUUCGAGAAACUCCACGUCCUCGGCCACGGCAACGGCGGCACAGUUUACAAAGUGCGCCACAAGCGGACUUCGGCGGUCUACGCCCUCAAAGUCGUCCACGGCGACAGCGACCCCGCCGUCCGCCGCCAGAUCUUCCGCGAGAUCUCCAUCCUCCGGUCCACGGACUCGCCGCACGUGAUCAAGUGUCACGGCACCUCCGAUAUUCCCGGCGGCGACAUCGCGAUCCUGAUGGAGUACAUGGACGCCGGAACCCUAGAAAGCUUGAUGAAAUCAUCGGAGAAGAAAGUGUUCUCUGAAGCCUCCCUGGCGAAAAUCGCUAAGCAAGUGCUCCUCGGCCUCGAUUACUUGCACUCUCACAAAAUCAUCCACCGAGAUCUCAAGCCGGCGAACCUUCUGGUUAAUCGUGAGAUGGAGGUGAAAAUAGCGGACUUCGGCGUGAGUAAAAUGAUGUGCCGGAGUUUGGACCCCUGCAACUCAUACGUCGGAACUUGCGCCUAUAUGAGCCCGGAGAGGUUCGAUCCGGACACAAACGGCGGGAAUUACAACGGUUACGCCGGAGACAUCUGGAGCUUGGGGCUGACCCUGAUGGAGCUUUACAUGGGCUACUUUCCCUUCCUGCACGAGGGGCAGAGGCCCGACUGGGCAACGCUAAUGUGCGCCAUAUGUUUCUGCGAACCGCCCAACUUGCCGGCCGGAGCUUCACCGGAGUUCAAGGACUUUAUAGAUUCCUGUUUGCAGAAGGAAUCCAGUAAGAGGUGGAGCACGCAACAACUUCUGCAACACCCGUUUGUGAGGGAUAUUGAAUUCAAAUCCCAAAUCAAUUCACAAAAUUAAAAAUAAAUAAAAAAGAAUAAUUCCUGAAUUUCUUUGUAUAUACAGAACUUCCUUUUUUGAAUCUUUGAUUCAGUUGGAUGUAUAUUCUUCUUCAAUGAAUCAAAUGGAUCCGAAUCUGCAGUAUUUCUACUGUAGAUAUUGAGAGAUUAAUAUAACUUGUUCAAUUCGAUCUAUUAAACUUCUCUGUA